AUGGCCACCGCGUCGGCCCCCCUCACCACGCACCUCCAAAACUUCGUCGUCCCCUGGAUCUUCCUCCUCCAGUCCCUCCUGAGCCUGCCGCCCCUCAUCCUGCACCUGCUCCUGACCCUCAACCUCGCCACCCUCCUCUCCCCCUCCCGCCUCAAGUACGCCUGGUUCUCGCGCUUCUGGGAAAAGUUCGCCCCCUCCGUCCGCCUCAACUCCGAGGCCCGCGUCGUGCCCCUCCUCCAGGGCCGCGUCUCCCGCGGCGCCGUCGUCGACCGCCCCGCGCACCCGCCCGUCUCGGGCACCGUCAUCGAGAUCGGGCCCGGGAGCGGCAUGUGGGUGUCGCUCUUCAGCGAGGACUAUCUCGACAAGGACAGCGCCGACGGUGGCGGCAGCACGCCGCGCCGCGCGACCCGCAGCAGCAGCAGCAGCAGCAGCAAGCCGCCCUCCGUGACGCGCGUCUUCGGCGUCGAGCCCAACCCGGACGUCCACGCCGCCCUGCGCCGCCGCGUCGCCGCCGCCGGCCUGUCCGACACGUACGAGGUCGUGCCCACGGGCAUCGAGGACCUCGCGCCCAGCGGCCGCGUGCCCCGCGAGAGCGUCGACUGCGUCGUGAGCAUCCUGUGCCUCUGCGGCAUCCCGGACCCGCAGCACAACGUCCGCGAGGUCUACCGGCUGCUCAAGCCCGGCGGCCGCUGGUACGCCUACGAGCACGUCCGCUGCACGCACAGCUGGUACAUGAGGGCUUACCAGAAAGAGAGAGAAGGAGAGAGAGAGAGAGAGAGAACGAAGCUAAUACAUCCUUCUUCUUCCGCACCACUAAAAGGCCUCAUCAAUCUCUUCUGGCCACAUUUCCUCGGCGGCUGCGAGCUGGACAGGGACACCGGACGGUCAUUGAGGGAGGCCGGCACCUGGUCCAAGAUCGACCUCGAGCCGUGCGUCGACGAGGACUGGUCUUCUCCCAUCCCGCACAUUAUCGGUGUCCUGACGAAAUAG